GUAAGAUGUAGUCAACAAAGUUGUAUAUGCCCCCUCAAGCGACGGGAUUAUGCGAAUGAAAUUAGCUAGAAUUGUGACUUUUUUUGUAGUGAUCUUGAACGUAAUAGUGCUAUUUUGUAUAUGGAAAUUAUUAUCGACGCUUGACAGAGGACUUUAUGAUUUUAAUCAAAAAACUGAUCUUCCUCCAAAGUCUACCAAUAUAUUUUCGGACGAUAGUAUUGUCACUUUAGUAAUACGAAGAUUCGAAAAUUUUGACAACGAUAUUGUUGGAACUGUUGAAUCGUUUCUACAUCUUUUUCCAAAUCUCAAGGUGGUUGUCAUUAGCGACGUUCUUCCUUAUCCACCCUUCGAUUUCCGGCACUUUAAUCUCUCAUCGAAAGUAAAGUUGCUGGAUUUGGAACUAAGAUUAACUGACAAAUUUGGUGGAAGAAACCCUUUGCUACAAAUUGACACAAAGUAUGUUCUCUUCGCCCCGGAUUCAACGCGCUUCAAAAGUAAGAGGACAUUGUCCAGACUUAUUCAAGAACUUAAAAGUGGUAUCUACAAAGUAUCUGCGGCGUCAUUCUCGUCAAGGAAACCCGCAGAAUGUUUGAAAGUAAGAGUAAAUGUGCGGCAGUGGUAUAUUCACUAUGCACCGUCAACAGACAACGUAUGUGAAGCAGUUACCGGUAAGCACGUAUUGUUGAUCGACAGGCAGUUGCUCGAAAAUCUGCCAGCACCGUUCUUGCUUCCAUUUCCCGAGGCGCUGUACAUCCAGUCUUCUGCCAGGAACGUAAAGGUGAAACUCAUACAUGGAGAGACUGUCACUGAUGGCAAACCACUCUUUAGGAGUCAGCAUUUAUUGCAGAAGGUUGAACAAUUGGAAGCUGCAAGGCGCCAGCAGAUGUUUCGACAGUUUGGUAUAAAACAGGUGAUUCGUGAAACUGGUGUGACGGAGUGGUAUGGAUGUACUCGUGAAACGCCUCGCUGCUUUGGCACAGUUGUCAAUGAUAUGCCAGAAUACUUGUGGCAAGGUCGUUGGACACCCCCCUGCUGCCUGGCCGGCUUACGUCGUACUGCACACCACGUUUUCAAACGUCUUGAACAAGACGGUGUACGUUACUGGUUAGAAGGUGGAACUUUGCUUGGUGCUAUGCGUUCUGGUGAUAUAUUGCCAUGGGAUUAUGAUGUUGACAUUGGAGUGUUGCGUGAUGACUUGCACCUUAGUCCAUGGCUAUCAGGUGCACGUUUGCAGCCAGUUAUUGAUGAAGAUGGCUUUGUGUGGGAGAAAGCACGUGAAGGAGACUUCUUCAGAGUACAGUAUAGCCCUGUCAAUCAUUUGCAUGUAGAUAUCUUCCCUUUCUACUCAAAAAAUGGAACGAUGACGAAAGAUACUUGGUUUCCCACUCACAAGCAAGACAGAGAAUUCCCUGAACAUUUCUUGAAGCCACUUUCGACAAUUGAAUUUAUUGGGCGUAAGGUGUCUGCCCCAAAUAACAUAAGGGAUUUUCUAGAAUUAAAAUUUGGGAAAGGAGCUGUGGAAAACCCGGAAUACCCUGAUCCAAAUCGGCUAAAGUUUUCACUUAAUGAAGAACAAAAUUACUUAACAGUUCCAGAAAACUGACUGAAAGCUCCUAUUCAUUUCCAGAUUAUAUGUUCUGUAUUAAUAAUUAGAACAAUGUGUCCUACAUUUUGCACAAAGCUGGAAAAGCUCAUACUUAAAGUAAAAGGACUAUGCUCUUUGCUGAAAGUGUGUUGCAGUGUCUUUGUGCCAGUAUGAAACAAACUGUGAUAAAUAUCUUGCAGUAUUACUUUUUCUCUUCACUUAGGAGAAGGGAGGUGAAUGUUUGUUAUAUGUAUAUUUAAUAAUGUUAGCUACUAUGUAUGUAACAAGUUAACAAGUACCCUUUCCAUCAGUAUUAAUUCUUUGAAUUUUUAAAUGUCGAUA